AUGAGGAUCGCAAGGGGCACCACCAGGGUGACGAUGUUGGCCCACCAGCCCGGGGUAGACACCUCCAGCGCAGUCGAGAUGGAAGUCUCCAGCUCCAAGGCUUCUGGCACCGCCGACCGCGCCGUGCGCAGGGAGCUUGUGGUAGCCGGCUGCCCCCCAAACACAAAUGAAGGCGCAGCGCAAAGCAGCACGAAGGCCGCAGCCAGGAGGGUAGGCAGCAGCACCAACUUGGACGACAUGGCCACCGAGUCUCUGAAGUGGGUACCCUGCUACUCUGCGCUUGGGCCGACGCUUGCCACACUCCCUGCUCCAACAACCCAAGCUCUCCACAAAGCAUGCAAUGAAAUUCCAUUUCAAUAG